GCAAGACCUAGGGCACCAUUGGCCCCCACUCCCAGGUAGCAGGCUGGCAUCUUAUCCCUGCUGCCCAUGAGAGCCAGGCCUCCUCUCCUGGGAGGGCCAAGCAUGCAUUUGCAAAGACAAGCUGCCUUUCUGGUUCUGUGCAUGCUUGCUGGGAAGUUCUUCCUAUAGUCUAACCUUAACCUCUCUGGCUGCCUUAUCUACUACCGCAAGCCAGUCUUGGCAGCCCUGAAGGGCCAAGGACAAGUUGUAAGUGUUUUUGAUUUGCAUUUCCUAAUAUUUACCAAGCACUUAUUUGUAUGCCAAGCACUGUUUAAGAACAUGACAUGUGUUAACUCAUUUAACUCUUAUAGCCAUUGUAUGAGGUAGGUACUGUUAUCCCUAUCUUGAUGAGGAAACUGAAGUACAGAGAGGCUAAGUAAUUUGCCUAAGAUCACACAGCCAGUGCCUGGAAAAGGGUUAGGGAGCCCUCAGGACUUUAAUCCACCAGGACCAUUUGUCUCUUAACCCUAGUCACAACUAUCUCUGUUGGUGUUGGGGUUCCUAAGCAAUCUGGGCUGGCCUGAGUUAAAAGUCAGUAAGUGAAAAAAGAUGUACCCUGAGUGUUCUUCCCUCCUGAUUGAGUCUGUGAGAAAGGUGAGCACUACUGUAACCCUGUCUGCCACAAAGGUGGCAGGCUCAGAGAGGUUGAGAUUUGUCAGUCUCAUAGCCAGCAAAUAGCAGAAAGCCCUGGCACCUUAACACCCAGGUGUACACACACUGCAUCUGAAGCAAGAUGGAAGAAGGUAUGUGAGACCCACUUGGACCUGGGCCUGGGAGAGAGUUUGGGAAGCCGAAAUGAAAAGUGGAAACUGGGAGGGCCUGCCCAUUGUGCCCUUCACAGUUACUGGAAGCUAGCUUCUGUGCUGGGAGCAAGUUUACUCUAUGCCAGGCUCUGGUCUAAGCAUUUUUAUAUUCAACAAUUCUGAGUCUUUCAGACAAGGCAGCGACAGGCUGUCCAAAGUCAUGCACAGGUAGUUUGGCCAUGGCAGAGGCCCAAAGAGGGGUGGUGAAUAGCCCAAGUUCACACAGCCAUAGCCCCAGAGCUAGGAGCUGCUGGCUUCUUUCCAGCCCAGGAAAAGCAAUGACACCUGACUCCUAGCUAACUGGGGGCGGAGAAGAGGUGGAGCCAGAGAGACUCAGGGAGCCUCUCUCAGAACCACAGCACAGACAGCAGAAUGGCCUGGAGCAGCAUGAAGCCAAGCUGGGGACAAGGGCUGCUCAUCCUGGGAGCCGUGGUCCUCGUAGAGGGUCUUCAAGGAGCUCAGCGUGCCUGUGGGCAGCGUGGCCCUGGCCCCCCUGAACCUCAGGAGGGCAAAACGGAGCUUGGCGAGUGGCCAUGGCAGGCCAGUGUGAGGAGGCAGGGGUUCCACAUCUGCAGUGGAUCCCUAGUGGCAGACACCUGGGUCCUCACUGCUGCCCACUGCUUUGAAAAAGCAACAGUGACAGAACUGAACUCCUGGUCAGUUGUCCUGGGCUCUCUGCAGCGUAAGGGGCUGAGCCCAGGGGCUGAGGAAGUGGGAGUGACUGCUCUGCAGCUGCCCAGGGCCUAUAAUCACUACAGCCAGGGCUCAGACCUGGCCCUGCUACAGCUCGCUCACCCUACGGCCCACAUGCCCCUCUGCUUGCCCCAGCCUGGCCAUCGCUUUCCCUUUGGGACCUCUUGCUGGGCCACUGGUUGGGAUCAGGACACCAAUGAUGCUCCCAGGACUCUACGGAAUCUGCGCCUGCGUCUAAUCAGCCGCCCCACAUGCAAUUGUCUCUACAAUCGGCUGCACCAGCGGCUGCUGGCCAGCCCUGCCCGGCCCGGGAUGCUGUGUGGGGGUGCCCAGCCUGGGGUGCAGGGGCCUUGUCAGGGAGAUUCUGGGGGUCCCGUGCUGUGCCAAGAGCCUGAUGGACACUGGGUUCAGACUGGGAUCAUCAGUUUCACAUCAAGCUGUGCCCAGGAAGACACUCCUGUGCUACUGACUGACAUGGCUGUUUACAGCUCCUGGCUGAAGGCUCGAGCUCAAGGGGCAGCCUUUCUGGCCCAGAACCCAGAGACCCUGGAGAUCAGUGAUGAGGACAGCUGUGUAGCCUGCGGAUCCUUGAGGAGAGAAGGUCCCCAGGCAGGAGCCCCCUCCUCAUGGCCCUGGGAUGCCAGGCUGAAGCACCAGGGGAAGCUGGCCUGUGGGGGAGCCCUGGUGUCAGAGGAGGUGGUUCUGACUGCUGCGCACUGCUUCAUUGGGCGUCAGAACCCAGAGGAAUGGAGUGUAGGGCUGGGGGCUGGACCAGAGGAGUGGGGCCUAAAGCAACUCAUUCUGCAUGGGGCUUACACCCACCCAGAAGGGGGCUAUGAUGUGGCUCUCCUGCUGCUGGCCGAGCCUGUGACAUUGGGCCCUAGCCUGAGGCCCCUCUGCGUGCCCUACGCUGACCACCACCUGCCUGCUGGGGAACGUGGCUGGGUCCUGGGGCUGGCCCAAGGAGCAGCAGGCACCAGCUUCUCUCAGACAGUGCCUGUCACCAUCCUGGGGCUCAGGGCCUGCAGCCAGCUGCAUACAACCCUUGGGAGCGAUGGCAUCCCCCUUCUGCCAGGGAUGGUGUGUACCAGUGUUGUGGGUGAGCUGCCCUGCUGUGAGGGCCUGUCUGGGGCACCACUAGUGCACGAAGUGAGGGGCACAUGGUUCCUGGCUGGGCUACACAGCUUUGGAGAUGCCUGUCAAGGCCCUGCACAGCCUGCAGUCUUCACAGCACUUCCCACCUACGAGAAUUGGGUCAGCAGUUUGGACUGGCAGGUCUACUUCACCAAGGAGCCAGAGCCCGAGGCUGAGACUGGUAGCUGCCUGGCCAACAUGAGUCAACCAGCCGGCUGUUGACAGAUGACUCUGAGAUGCUGCAAACAAGUUACUGCCUCUGCCCCUCUCCAUUCCCCCCACCCACACAGGAUUCCAGGCACUGGGGCAGGCCCGACAGCCCAGUGGGCUCCAAGAAGGAUCCU